UUUCCACAAUAGUUUUCCUCUUUUGCCUCCCCCCAGCAACAGAAGCUCAUUCGUCAGUCACUCGACUGACAUAUAAGAAUGUUCUUGCAAAAUCUUCUCAGCUUUAUUUGGGUGCAGUGGGGUAUAAAAAGAAGGCUAGUGUCCUCUUGGUGUCUUUAAGGAGCCUACCAUAGAGUUGGGGAGACAAGACUCGGACUCACUGGAAGGGACACAUGGGAGCCGCCGGCCCACCAGCCGAGGAUCGGCUGAGCCCUGGGGCUGAUGCUUGCCCACACUGCUGAGAAUGACACCAAGGCCCAGCCAGGCACCAGGACAAAGGUUAACCUGGGACACUCCUGGACGGCGAUCCUGAUGUCUGUUCUGAGCCGCACACUCAAGGGUGUGAUAAGAGAAAGAGGCGAACAUCCAGUGAGCUGCUGGUUCUUCCUGAUGCAGGCUUUCCCAGGGCUCUGAUCCCAGAGCUGAGCAAGGAGCAUCUGUCCCACCACAGUGGGAGCUGACGUCCCAGCUGAUGACACUGUCUCAUGCCCCUGUUCCCUGCCUUCACCCCCAUCUCCUGGCCCCAGCCAGCACCUCCAGUUUCCCCCAUUCAUCUUGCGUGGACCAGGCGUGUUCUCCUGGCACGACCCUUGGACACGGCCUGACCUUGCCUAGCCGGCCCCAGUCGGCGCCAUGGCUUCCGCCGAGCCCCUGACGGCGCUGUCCCGCUGGUACCUGUACGCCAUCCACGGCUACUUCUGCGAGGUGAUGUUCACGGCGGCCUGGGAGUUCGUGGUGAACUUGAACUGGAAGUUCCCGGGGGUCACGAGCGUGUGGGCGCUCUUUAUCUACGGCACCUCCAUCCUCAUCGUGGAGCGCAUGUACCUGCGCCUGCGGGGCCGCUGCCCGCUGCUGGUGCGCUGCCUCAUCUACACGCUCUGGACCUACCUGUGGGAGUUCACCACCGGCUACAUCCUGCGCCAGUUCAACGCCUGCCCCUGGGACUACUCCCAGUUCGACUUUGACUUCAUGGGCCUCAUCACCCUGGAGUACGCCGUGCCCUGGUUUUGCGGGGCCCUCAUCGUGGAGCAGUUCGUCAUCCGCAACACCCUCCGCCUCCGCUUUGACAAGGACGCCGAGCCCGGGGAGCCCGGCGGCCCCCUGGCCCUGGCCAACGGCCACGUCAAGACUGACUGAGUGGGGGGCUGGUGGGUGGGGCCCAGGGGUCUCUCAUGGACCGUGUGGACAAAGGUACCAAGCUGGUGGGGUUGCCCUUUCUGUACAGCACAAGCCCUGCCCCCGCCGGCCUCAGCCCGGUAGGGCGCACACAGCCCGCACACCCUCCACUGUGGGCGGGCACUGGGGGCGUGGUCAGGAGUGGGGGCGUGGCCAGGUGUUGGCGGUGGGGUGUGAGGCAGCAGAGGGACUUGGGGAAGGGUCCGUGGAUCUCAGCCCAGCUCGGAGGCUGGCGGCGGGAGGCCUGUGGCUAAGCAGCAACUGGACUACGUGGAUGACUUUGGAAGCAGCAGGCCCUAUCCUGGCUAAGGGACUCAGAGAAUGGGCAGAAGGUGAGAGGCAAGGCCUGCGGAGGCUUGGGGCUGCUGUAGCGGCCGCCUCUCUCCCUCCCACCUUGUUUAGUCGGGCUUUGGCUGGUUCCAUUAGGCAAUAUUCAGGUGCUUGCUUGCAACCAAUACCUCCCUGGGGGCCUGCUGAGCUGGAGCCUAAGGAGAGACUAGGCAGCCAGGAGGCUGCUUGGCAGCAGUGUUGGUCUGCAAGGGCUGGGAGGCCUUCCCUUGGCUCCUCUCCCCUCCCCCAGGGCCCCCCGCUGCUCCCUUGGCCUUCUGGGGGCCCCCCCUGGUGCUGGAUUCCCACCAACCUUGGGCUUUUGGAGGUUUUAGUCCCUGUGUGUUCGGUGGCGUUUCCCCCUUUUCUCUCUUAUUUUCAAGGCCUUUACCACUAGCAGCCCCUUUGUCCAUGUCAAUCACCCCACCCACCCCCAUCCCCAGCUCCCUAGCCAACACAGCAGCCGCCAGAGAUAGAACCCUGAGGCAGACCCCGCCCGCCCUCCUGCAGCCUUCCCUCUGCUAUUUCUGCUGGCUCGGUGACUGGGAACACCUCGUCACCCCUGGUCUGAUGGGCUGUGGCAGUGCUCGGGUGCUCUUCUCCGUGCCCCCUCCCCGCAGUGACCCAGCUGAAAACGAAUAAUACCCCCAACGCACAGUUAGGCCAAGAUGGACCCCGUGAAUCCACAAUGGGGACCUAGAGACAAAUCAAUUCGGGAUGGUGGUGGUGGGAGGGGUAAAGACACCUGACUGGUUAAUUUUCAAGCGAGUCAGGGGCAAUCUAGCUUUCUAGGGGAUGGAGGUGUUGGAGACCCAUGGAGAAUGAGGGCGAGAGAAAAAGAGGAGGGCCUUUCAGCUUUGGGAGGGUCUUUGGAGCAUCCUUAGUGGGAAGGCCUCAGUUCUGAUUCUGCAAUAGCCCCAGCCCUGCAGCCAAACCUCCUCAGGACUUCCCCCAUCCCUACUCCUCCCCCGCAAGGCUUUGACCCUUUGAGCUCCUUAAACAGUAUUAACCCUGCCAUGCUCAUGGUCGUUGUCAUCUCAGUUGCUCUGCCUUCCCCCGUGACAGGUCCAUUGCUGGCAGUGGACUGGUGAAAUCCUCACUCCAGCCCACUUCCGGCUCCGCCCCCAGCUCCCCGAGGGGAGGGGUCUAUCAGAAUGGCGGCCUAUCCGGUGGUACAGUCUCUUCUUGACCACACUAGGACUCUUAGGUAGAAAUUAACCUUUCCCUUUUUAUAGGUCAUUAAAAGGUGAUAAUUCCAC